UGAAACUGCAGAAGGGAAGAAGGAUAUUCUUGAAGAGGUUUUCAAGCUUUUGCUUAUGCUAAGCACUCACACAACAGAGUCUCACACCUAACCAAACUACAAUCGAUUGUGUUGUGUUUUUUGCGCCAGUUUCUGGUUUCCAUCGAUGAAUACAACGCCGUUUAUGGACAAGCAGAUUAUGGAUCUCACUCAUGGAUCUUCCACUGCGCAGCAACACAGCAAGGACUUCAUCGACCUCAUGAAACAUGAACCACCGCAGCAACAUCAUCAUCAUCGCGAAGAAGACGAUGAUGAAGAGGAAGAAGAAAAAUCGCUUGGCAAUGGGAUCAACAAGGACGACAUCGUUCCCAGUUACGAUUUCCAGCCGAUUCGUCCUCUCGCAGCAGCUUCCAGUUAUGAUUCUGCCCCCAAUUUCGGUGCUGCAUUCUCACGCCCUUGGAACUCCGAUUCCAACUCCAAAAAUUACAGUUCUCUGGAUUCAUUGGAACCUGCAAAGGUGAUUGUAGAAAAGGACCGAAGUGCUUCUGAUGCUUCAAUGUUGUCUGAGAUUGAUCGCACGAUGAAGAAGCAUAUGGAAAAUAUGCUUAAUGUACUGGAAGGUGUUAGUGCACGGCUAUCACAACUAGAAACUAGAACCCACCAUCUUGAAAAUUCCGUGGAUGAUUUGAAGGUAUCUGUUGGGAAUAAUCAUGGUAGCACUGAUGGAAAAUUGAGGCAACUGGAGAAUAUUCUUCGAGAGGUGCAAUCAGGGGUCCUAACUAUCAAGGAUAAGCAAGAUAUAAUGCAAGCUCAGCUGCAAUUGGCAAAGCUACAAGUGUCCAACACGAAUCAGAAAUCAGAGGCUCAAUCUAGCACAACUACUGAUCCUGUGCAGCAAGCUGUUCCUGCUCCCGUGCAAUCUCAACCUCAGAUUCCUACCCCUGCUAAUCUUCCUCAGUCCAUUCCUGUUGUUCCUCCCCCUAAUGCUCCUCCACAACAGGGUUUGCCACCACCCCCUCAACUUCAACUUCCAAACCAAUUCCCUCCAAACCAAAUCCAAGCUGCUCCUCAGAGAGAUCCAUAUUUCCCACCACCUGUUCAGUCUCAGGAAACACCUAAUCAGCAAUACCAACUUCCUUUAUCGCAGCCGCCGCAUGCUCAGCCCGGUGCAGCUCCACAUCAGCAAUAUCAACAGACCCCACAUCCCCAAUACCCUCAGCCACCACCUCAUGUUCCUCAACAGCAGCCACCAUCACAUCCAUCCAUGAAUCCAUCUCAACUACAACAACCUCCACUAGGGCACCAUGUUGAGGAACAACCACCUUAUCCUCCUCAGACUUAUCCUCCCAAUGUCCGCCAGCCACCAUCUCAGUCCCCCACCGGCCCUCCUCCUCCUCAACAGUUCUAUGGGGCACCGUCCCACUCGUAUGAACCGCCAUCGGGCAGACCCAGUUCAGGUUCAGGCUAUUCUUCCGGAUAUGGUUCUUUAUCUGGCACUGGCCCUGCCGAGCAGUAUCGUUAUGGCGCACCACCUCAGUAUGGUGGCAAUCCGGCACUGAAACCACCACAACUGCCAACUGCUUCAGUGUCUCCUAGUGGUGGAAGCGGUUACCCUCAGCUCCCAACUGCUAGAAUACUCCCACAAGCACUCCCUACUGCAUCUGCAGUGAGUGGUAGCUCAGGUUCUGCUGGAACUGGUGGAAGGGUUUCCGUUGAUGAUGUGGUUGAUAAAGUUGCUACUAUGGGAUUCCCCAGAGACCAUGUGAGGGCCACAGUUCGGAAGCUGACAGAGAAUGGUCAAUCUGUGGACCUAAAUGCAGUGCUGGAUAAGCUCAUGAAUGAUGGUGAAGUCCAACCCCCACGAAGUUGGUUUGGUCGGUAGCAUAAUAACACGAUUGAUUCAUGUAUAGGAGAACCAAUUGCUGUGAAAGGUGGUUUAUGAGGAGACUUGUUGUGUGGUUGGAAAGUUUAAACUUGUUUGUCUACUUUUCUGGCUCUGAUUUAUGACUAUCUUCAUCUUGCUUUGUAUAUCCGCAAUAAAUAGAAGUUGAUUUCGAUAAUCAUUUACAACA